GUGGGUCGACCCGCUGUAGUCGAGUGUUUGUGUGUCGGUGUGUGUGUUCGUCUCAACGUAGCACGAAACGUGUCUCCUCUCAGCAAAGACACACAAACGUGAGACGUGCUAGAUAACGUUUUUGUUUUUUUUCUUGGUUUUGAAAGUUUUCUUUUUGCCGCCUUAAGAUUGUUGCGAUUUUAUACUAUGUAUAUUAAAACAUUCCGCUUGUAAAACGUAAUAUUUAUCCGCCAGGAGCAGCCGACUUCGUUUCUACUAAAGAGUGUCCGCUUCUCCUCCCCUCGAUGAAGCGCUGCGAUGCCCUCUGAUUUUAUAUCCCUCCUUAGCUCGGAUAUCGACCUCAAUUCCCCCAAAUCUCUAUACUCUAAAGAAACUAAUUUGUAUUCUCCUGCUCAUCCUUUAUGGCAGAGUCGGUAUAUGACCUCCUCCCCAAAGAACUCCAGCUCCAGCCAUCGUCCACCCAGACAGACCCACCCACCAUGAGCCAGAAUAGUGGGGGAGAGGCGGGACCUCCCCCCUCUGCAGCCUUGGCGUCAGAUGCCACCUCUUCCACCUCCAGCCCUUCUGCCUCUUCCUCCCUCGCCAUAGGCGUUACAUCCUCUGGCCCCUCUACCUCAUCGUCAGACCAUCUCAAGGUUGCCCAGCAUCUCCACUCCAGCGGAGGAGAUGGCGCUGGUGUUUCAGAGAUGCAAGGUGCGGAGGGUGCCCCCAACAGAGGCAGCAGUGGAGCAAACGCUACAGUAGGGGAUGUAGGGCCGGGAGGGUUGCCGGGGCUAGGAGUCCAGCAGCCCCAGAACACUCCAUCAAAGCGAAGGACUGUGUUGAGCAUAUCCCCACCACCCGAGGAUCUGUUUGAUGACAGCCAGAUGUCUUGCCAAGAGGAACCUACCAUAUCUGGUGCACCAGGUCCCGACUCGGAGCAAAGCAGCAGCAUGUGGGCCGAUGAGUCUGUCUCGAACUUCAGUUUGAUCAGCUCAAUCUCCUACAAUGACAACACAGAGGUGCCACGCAAGUCUAGAAAACGCACUCCUCGCCAGCGGCCCGGUCCCAAGCCUGCUCCUCCAGAAGACAGCAUGGAUGUGUUUGAUGCUGACAGCGCCAAAGCCCCUCACUAUGUGCUAUCCCAGCUGGGCACAGAUAAGACCAGUUCCAUAUCCAGCUCUCUCGAGUCAGGAACUGCAGUGAAAGGUGGGUCACUGUCUGCUCAGUUCCCUCAGAGGAGUGAUGGGAAGGAGCUAAAGAUCCUGGUGCAGCCAGAGACCCAGCACAGAGCUCGCUAUCUGACUGAGGGCAGCAGAGGUUCUGUCAAAGAUCGUACACAACAAGGAUUCCCCACUGUCAAGUUGGAAGGUGUGAGUGAAUCAGUUGUGCUGCAGGUGUUUGUAGCAAAUGAUGCAGGCAGAGUGAAGCCUCACGGUUUCUACCAGGCAUGCAGAGUGACAGGACGCAACACCACUGCUUGCAAAGAGGUGGACAUAGAAGGCACCAUAGUUAUUGAGAUUCCUCUGGAGCCCAGCAAUGACAUGACACUUGCGGUGGACUGUGUAGGAAUUUUGAAGCUCCGUAAUGCAGAUGUCGAAGCCCGCAUUGGUGUUGCAGGAUCCAAGAAGAAGAGUACACGAGCCAGGUUGGCCUUCAGAGUCAGCAUCCCCCAGCCUGAUGGAUCAACCCUGACUUUACAGGUUCCCUCAUCGCCGAUCCUCUGCACUCAGCCAGCAGGAGUGCCAGAGAUCCUGAGAAAGAGUCUCCACAGCUGCUCAGUGAAAGGAGGCGAGGAAGUUUUUAUAAUCGGAAAGAACUUCCUUAAAGGAACCAAAGUUACUUUUCAGGAGAACAUUACAGAUGAUAAUUCCUGGCAAGCCGAAGCAAAGAUUGACAUGGAUCUUUUCCAUCAGAAUCACUUGAUAGUGACAGUCCCUCCGUUUCACAACCAGUCAAUCACUUCUCCUGUUUCUGUGGGUAUUUUUGUGAUGACCAAUGCCGGUAGAUCACAUGAAGCCCAACCCUUCACCUACACUCCAGACUCAGCUGAUAACUCAAAUGUCCUGACAGUAAAAACGGAGGGGAUAUCCAUGGUCAAGACCUGCUUAUUUGAUACCCCGAUCAAAUCUAUGCCCUCUGAACAAACAGAAAUCUCUGACCAGACAUCCAAACGGCAAGAGGACACACCUAUGGAAGUGUCUAGCAAUCCACCAUCCACAGAGGUCUUCAAAUCAUCCCCUGAUCCACUCAUCACAGUGCAGCAGACUCUGGACCUUGGCUCUAGUCCUCAUCCAGGUGGAGAGUCCUUUCAGAGAACAAUGCCCUUACCAUCAGAAGAUGUGGACCUUCCCCAGGCACCCCCGGUCUUCCCUAGCUUAGAGUCCCUCAGCACAAUACAAAAGCAAGAAAUUGCCCCAACAACCUCCUUCUCUGUAUCAGGAGACACCACAAUACCACCUGUGACACCAGAAGUCCCCCAGCAGUUCCUUAGAGACCCCCAGGAAAGCUUGUCACCUGAGAGUUCCAGUAGUAGUGCAGGGGUGGUGGUUGUGGCCAUGCCACAGAUAGCACCUUCCUCUCAGGCACAGCCACAGCAGUCCCAGGUCUCCCUCUUUCCCCAGGAAGAGGUGGCCCAGCUGGAAAGGGCAGUUAGAGAACUCCAGGGGGGAAGUAACACCACGCUCCAGCAGGUGUUAGAAGCAGCUGUAGCUCAGCAGCAGCUAAAUUCUGUGCUGUAUAGCCCCACACCUUCUGCAGAAUCCCUUCAGCAGCAUGUCCAGGAGAACAUGAACAGCCUUAGACUGGGGAGUACAGAUAAUUCACUGUCAGCACAGCAACAGCUACAGAUACAACAACAGGAGCAGCAACAACAAAUACAACAGCAGUUUCAACAACAGCAACAAAUACUUGGAAACCUUCAGCAGCAACAGCAGCAAGUCAUCAACAACAUACAGAUGCAACAGCAACUGAUAUUACAGCCACAAGAGCAACAGCAAAUUAUGGAGAAUAUUCAACAACAGCAACAACAAUUGCAACAAAAUCAGCAACAGCAAGUUCUAAAUAAUAUUCAGCUUCAGGAUCAGCAACAACAAAAUCAUAUUCUUACCAAUUUACAGCAACAUCAGCUGCAACAGCAGCAGCAACAAAAUCAAGCGUUGAGCAGCCUACAACAGCAACAGCAGCAACUUCAAGAGCAGCAGGUUUUGGAGAAUUUACAGCAACACCUUCAGGCCAGCUCUCUCCUUCAACAGGCUGGAGAACUGCUUACUAUCCAGACUAGCUUCCCAACACAGCCUCCUUCACACACAUCCCCCCCACAGCAACUCUUCCAGUCGCCUAGGCCCAUGGCCGAAACCCAGGGGUCCCAACAGCAGGUCCAGGCUGCCCUCAUCCAGAAUACCCUGACCGUACUGACUAGUGGCAGUCUCAACUCAGAGCAGCAGUCCACAGGAUCAACCCUAUACCUGACGCCGAACCAUCAGCCCCAGCAACAGCAGCAGCUGGCAUUCAUCUCCUCCAUGGAGACAUCAGCCAGCCAACAUCAGUCUGUUUCAAUGUUUCAAAAUCAACCGCAGUCUCAAAUGCAGCAACAGAGCACCCCAAUGGAUCAGCAGCAGUCCCCACAGCAGAACCAACAACAACCAGCGCAGCUUCCAAUGGGCCAGCAGGGUUCCUUAUUUCAAAGUAUUCCCAAUCACUCACAGGGCAACCCUGCACCACAGCAAACAGGUCUGCUUCUCUGCACCACAGAUCUGAACCCACAGGCUAUCGCCCCUACUAUUCUCUUUAGCACCCAGACCCAAGGCCCUUCCCCUAUGGGGACCAUUAGCGUUGGAAUCACCCAGUCAGAUACAGCAGAGCCCAUGUCCUUCCAAGACCAGAGCUCUUCGGGCAGCAACUCAACAACCACUGAGAACCAACAACAGAGCUUGUUCCAGGAACAGCAGCCAAUGCAAGUGGGCCCAAGUUCAAGCUCCGUCCAAAACAAUCAACCUGUGGAGCUGUUCAUACCACAGACAAAUCUGUCCAGCUUGCAGAGUACUAUUGGCUCACAGGAGCUCAACAACCAGGCUCCAGCCCCCGCCACAACCAUCUUUGUGGUGCAGGGUGGUGUGGGUGUGGUAGCCAGCCCUGGUCAGCAGCCCCCAGAGCAGCUUUUCCAGACAUCUGUGGGUGGCAAUGUGGCUUCUCAAGGACAGGCCAGUCUGUUUGUUUUUGGCAUUCAGAAUGACUCAUCCCAGCUGCUCACUUCUUCUGGACCCAGCCAACCUGCGCAGAACCAAAUCCCGAACUCCAGUCACAUGCAGACUCUGCUGGAUCAGCCCAUGGCCCAGGCUGCCUCCCCAAUCCCAGCUACCAUGCAUAGCAGCUUGCAGAACACCCUUCAGGCACAAAUGCAGACCACCUUGGAGAACGCAAUGCAGGCAAACACACAAACAGCCCUUCAGUCCAGUUUACAAGGAAACAUAGAAGCGAGCCUACCAACACCAAUGCAGACCAGUCUACAGACACAGAUACAGAGCAGCUUACAGAAUCAACUGCAGGCAUCCAUAUCAACAUCGUCCAGCAUGGAUAAAAUUGAGGACCUACUGGAAAGCCUACAGAAGCAGUGAUUAUUGUUUGGACCAUUGUCAGCACUUAGGGGGUGAGUGAUGUGUAUGUAGCUCAGAGUUAUACACCCUAAAAAUGGCCGUGUGUAGGGGUUUGUGCCAAUGCUUAAAAAAAAGUCAUUUAAAUAUUUAAGAAUUACUUGCCCUUUUUACUGAAAACCCAAAUCAUGAGUUCAUGUGACCUGUUUUUAAGAAAUAUUUAUCAUUAACUGUAGCCUCCAUUUAUCCAUUGUUCUUGAAUUAAUGAACCCACCUUUGUUAUUACCCCUCUUGCAGGAUCAGAGAGGCCUGUAAUAACUGCUUUAUCCAGCCGCACAAAUGCAGUGUUUUGUUGCCAGUUGUUGUUUUUUUUUCCUGUUUCUUUUUAAAAUAAUGUGAGCCUAAGAGAUGAUGACGGUGGUGGUAAUGAUUAUGAUGAUGAGGAUAAAAAUAUUUGUGGGAAAAAACAGGAAAGGGAUAAAGAAUGUCAGCAACAGAGGAACGGUGACAGAGGAAUGGUGCCGUGAUGGGAGAGUGUUGUGAAGGCAGAUUUAAAAAUAAAAAACAGUCGGUUAUGGAAUAUCAGAUUGCACAUAACUGUCAGAUAAAGGCAGAAUCUCAUUUUGAGUGUGUAAACUCCCCAAGAUUUCAUUUCACUUUGAGACAGUGGGUGUUUUUAUUUUUUAUUUUUUUUAUUUUGUCAGUUUGGGAGAUUAGCUGAUGUAAAAACAGGGAUAAAAUCACGUCACAGUAAUUCGAUUUAAACUUCUUUUGCUGUGGAGAAUAUGAACAAUCAUGCUGUUAAUACACAGCUUACAUUUGCAUAUGUCAAAAAUGCCAUUAAAUUUGCUCCAAGAGUACAGAAUAUUAGACUGUACAGUUCUUUGUAGGAUAAUGUUUCAUGUUUUCUUUUAAUAACAUUUACUGGCAUGGGUGGAGUCUGCACUCAAGCGGUUUAUUAUUAGAGGCAGCACAGUUUAAUAUUAGUGUCGGCACCACAAGUAUGAAAUGAAUUUUUAUCACAAAAAGUCCAGUAAAGACAUUGUGUUACUGAAAGCACCCUGGUGAGUUGAGGGAAUAUUGCACACUCAUAAAUGAGAUUCAUCCAUGUGACGUGGCCUUUGUUGGCACUUCCCAGUGUUCUCUUAUGUGCAGGCCUUUCUUGGUGAAAUUUUAAAUAGCAUUCAACUAUUUAGGGUGUGUUUUUGUUUUUUGUUUUUUCCUUUUGUUGCUUUUGAAAAAGUUAACUCUUUAUCAGUUAAAUGUGGAUAGAAAAAAAACCUUUCCACUAGUGAAAAUGGAGUGUUGUGUGGUUUUAUAAACAUUUUAUCUAAAGCACUUUAUAACCUCUUUUGUGUAACCUGCUACUCCUUAUAUCCAUCCACAGCUCUCUACUGAUCUAAGAUGAAUUUGUACUCUGAAACGUCCAGUGGGUGGGGUUUAAAAAAAAAAAAGAAGAAGAAGAAGAGGGGGAAAAAAGCUGAAAGCAGUCAGCUUUGUACAAAUAGAUACAUCAUUUUUACAUUUUCUCUCAUGUCAGAGUAUUUUUGAGGUCUAGACAACUUUGUAUAGAACGUCUGCUCACUGUUGAGUCCCUCUUUGUAUUCAGUCCCAGUGGUCCAGUCAAGUCUAUCCAAAAACAGCCAUUCCCACAAACGGCAUUGUCACUUGUCAGUGUUUGAGUGGUAACUAGGCCUUUUGUGUUUUAGACACUGACAACACAUCUGAAAUACUGAUUCAUUUAGUUUGUACAUUUACAUGAAGGAUCUUCAUUGUUUUGUUUUUUUUCUUUUGUACUAAGUCUCGGUUUUUCUCGUUGGAAUGUUUUUACUGUUGUUCGUGUUGUGUUUCGAUAUUAAGUUUCUGUUUCUGUUUGUAGCCCGUGCAGGUUGGCGCCGCAUGAAGCUGGCUCCUGUUCUUUGUGUUGUGAACAGGGGCUCACUGGUAGAUGAAAUCUGUUACAUAGAGGUUGCCAUUUUUGAUUCCAUCCUUGGUGCUAUGUAGAGGAGUAAUGGACACUUCUGUCGUCAUGUUAGUACAGUUUGUACUAUCAAUAGCACUUGCAUUCGUUUUUAGUUUGGAAGCAAAAUCGAGUCUACAGUGCUGGCUGUUGUUGAGGGAUCAGACUGGAGUGCAACCCACCCAGGCAUACCAAAGCUCCUGAUUGUGAAUGGUCGCCAUUUUGUCCUCGCCAUCGUAACGUUUACUCAUUUGCAUUUGUUCGUUCACAUAAUGCAGCUCUCACAUGGCUAACAAUUCAGCAUGCUGGGGGGGUUGUUUUGUUUUGCUCUUUUACAAGAUUUCUGAUAGUUUUGCGAAGGUACUUUGCUUCAUGGAUCAGUUUAUCUCAUUAACAUUUCCACCAAUUUGAUACAUCACUCUAUUUUUCAAUGAAGAGUUGACAUUGUUGAACUUUCCAAAUCUAAUAUUAGCCAAUUUGGCGUUAUCCCCCC